ACUGAUAAUAAGCUUAGCUAGCUGCGAACUCUUCAAUUAGCAACGAAUUGACGAUAAUUCAUACAACCAGCAGUACAUAUAGGUUAAAAGGUUGAAGGAGAGGAAUGUCGGGGGCACAAGGAGCACAGCCAAAGGGAUCUCUAACACCAACAACAUAUGAAUCAGUUGAACAGAAAGAGGAGGACAAGCCCAAAAUGGAUGUCCAUUCCCGUGAAGAUGAACGCGGAAUACAGAUUGAUAAAAUCCAGGACAAAGUGAAAGAUGCCGCCGGCUUAGGCGGUCCUGUUUUCGGUGCAGGCAAGGAAGAGAACAAACAAGACUUGGGCGUUACCGGCACCGGCUAGUAGAAUAUAUAUGAAGUCUAGUUUUGUUAAGUUGUUGUAUUAAUGCAACUUCUUUUGGUUGUGGUCUUACUGUCUCGUGCUAUGUUCAUCUGUUUUGGGGCUUCAAAUAAUCCAAAGUUGUAAAAGAAUGAUAUGAGUAUGACGCCUGCUUUAAAUAUAUACUUAAUGUACUUGAAAAAGAAACUUUUUUCACUCAUAA